GUGGCGGGACGUUUUGGUCGGCGGCGGCCAUUCAUCUGGCUUCUUUUGUGUGGGGAUUCUGCUGGGCCUGCAGGUGAUUCCCAGGCCUCUCACCUAGCUGCCUUGCCUCUACCCGCAGCACCCCCGCUGGAUGGAGAGGGUCCUGCUGGCGUGUCAGCCUGUCUGCUGGAGUUCUCUGGGCAGGCCUGUUUCACGCCGCUGGAAGCUCUGAUCUCAGACCAGUUCCCAGGAGAGGAGGAGAGCAGAAGGGCCUUCUCUGUCUACUCACUGAUGAUCAGCCUGGGAGGAUGCCUGGGGUACCUGCUGCCAGCCCUGGACUGGAGCCAUGCCCCGACAGCAGCCUACCUGGGCGGCCAGGAGGCCUUCAUCUAUGCCCUGCUCACCCUCAUCUUCCUCACCUGCCUCCUCAGCACAGUCUUCAUCUCAGAGGAAAGAUACACCAGAGGGGGAGAGACAAUCAGGAAGGAUGAUAGUGUUAGCUCCGCCCUGAACCGAUACUGUGCACACUCCUUGCUGCCGCGGCCUCAGUGUGUGCGGCUGGCGGUGGGGCGGAGUGUGUCGCUGUGUGUGUCAGCGCUGCCACGCAUGUACAGUGUGUGUAUGCACGUGCCGGCAGUCAUACGCAGGCUGUUUGUAGCCGAACUGUUCAGCUGGAUGGCUCUGAUGAGCUUCAUGCUGUUCUACACAGACUUUAUGGGAGUGGGGCUGUACCGGGGAGUACCCAACGCUACACCUGGAACACAGGAGAGACUACGAUACGAUGAAGGUGUGCGCAUGGCGAGUGUGGGUCUAUUCCUGCAGUGCCUGACCUCAGUGGUCUGCUCCAUCCUGAUGGAGCGCUGGAUAGUGUUGCUAGGCACCCAGGCUGUGUAUGUUAGCAGUGUGGUCCUGCUAGCGUUAGCUACAGCUGUGAUGAGUUUCUCAAAGAGUGUAGUGAUGGUCACUGUCAUGGCCGCAGCUACUGGAUAUACCUUCUGUGUGCUGCAGGUCCUGCCCUACACCCUGCUGUGUCUGUACCACUCUGACAGACAGGUCUUCUUCUCCAGUUCCAAAUCCAGACCUUCUCACCCAGGAGAUAGUGAUGACCACAUCCACUCCAAGCCCCUCGUUCCCCCUGACUCCAUCCAUAUCCAUGGCAACAGGUAUCCAGAAGGGGUCAAUCUCCCCGGGGCCCCCCUUCUCUCCUCCACCUCCCCCCACGUGUCCCUUCCCCUGGAGAGAGAAGGAGAGCCCAUACCCCUGCCUCAGAGAGGGAUGUGUCUAGACAUGGCUAUCCUAGACAGUGCCUACCUGCUUUCACAGGUGCUGCCUGCUCUGUUUCUGGGCUCCAUAGUGCAGCAGUCUCACAGUGUCAGUGCCUAUAUGGCCUCAGCCUGCUCCCUCAGCAUCAUGGCCAUGCUCUGCUCCACCGGUGUCGUCUUCACACGCAGUGACCUCCACAAGCUCACAGGCUCAAAGGACAGCGCUCCAACACUGACAGGGCUAAAGAGUUAACCCAUUGUGGAUGUAUCUGUGUUGUGGAAUUGCAGAUUUCUAUUGGAUUUUGUCUGUCCAUUAUCAUCGAAUGGAAUCCGGAAUCCUGUAAAAUCCGGUAUGGAAUCCUGUAGAUUGCAAAAUAUGCCACCUGACUCCUCAAAUGCAUCAGGGGUUAAAGAACCAAGGGUUGAUGAUUGCAAUCCUGACAUCAGCACCUCUGAGACUGACUGACUGACUGAAAGGACAGGUACUUCUUGUUUAGUGUGCUGGCACAACCAAGAGAGUAGGUCAAUCCUGGGAAACACUGUAAUGGACAGUAAAAUAAUUUUCCUUCCUAGAUUGGUCACCAUAUAUGCUGGUCAUAGAUGCUUCAAUAUAUCAGGGGGAAUGCUGAGACAGGCUACUGUUCCUCUGACACAGUAAAGGAGGAUAAACUUAUACUGCUUAUUGCUAUGUCUGAAAUGUAUUAUGUUUGCUAUUGGUUACUGCAAUCUAAUAUGUUUCAAAGUACACUUUGUUUACUGCUAUAACUAAAAUGUAGCAUGAUUGCUAUCUAAGGCCAUGAGAGUAUUCUGAAGUCUGUUGUGCCUUUGUGUACAGUAAGUUUACUUGAUGUAUAUAUGGAUGUAUGUAUUUAUGUGAGCCCCAGGGCCAGAGGGAAAGUUGGGGUAUGACUCCCACUCUGCUAUUUGCAUUGGGGUUGAGGGGUAAGGAGGAGAGGUGAUGUGUUUUUGUUUGUGUUUUCCCCCCAUGUUUCCAUGGUAAUGAUAAAUCCUCGAUUGACAAUGCUAUGUAUUGGCCAUUGAGAGGCUUUAACGCCACCGGCAGGCCAUAUUGGCACUCCCCAGUAGGAGCAGUCCU